CGGAGUGCAGGGGCGGCCCCAGAGCGCGGGGGUAUGUGCAGCUAACGGUCCCGUCGGGCGGGCUUUCCUCUAGCCGAGCGCGCAGGAGGUGCGCCCCAGCUAUGGAGUGUCCAGGGAGACGGCGGGCAUGACGGCGACAGGAUGGGCGCGAACAAUGGCAAACAGUACGGCAGUGAGGGCAAAGGCAGCUCAAGCAUCUCAUCCGAUGUGAGUUCAAGUACAGAUCACACACCGACCAAAGCCCAGAAGAAUGUGGCUACCAGUGAAGACUCCGACCUGAGCAUGCGCACACUGAGCACGCCCAGCCCAGCCCUGAUAUGUCCUCCGAAUUUGCCAGGAUUUCAGAAUGGAAGGGGCUCAUCCACCUCCUCAUCCUCCAUCACUGGGGAGACAGUGGCCAUGGUCCACUCGCCACCCCCAACCCGCCUCACGCACCCGCUCAUCCGCCUAGCUUCCAGGCCCCAGAAGGAGCAGGCCAGCAUCGACCGGCUGCCAGACCACUGCAUGGUGCAGAUCCUCUCGUUCCUGCCCACCAACCAGCUGUGCCGCUGUGCGCGCGUGUGCCGCCGCUGGUACAACCUGGCCUGGGACCCGCGGCUCUGGAGGACUAUCCGCCUGACAGGCGAGACCAUCAACGUGGACCGUGCACUCAAGGUGCUGACCCGCAGACUCUGCCAGGACACCCCCAACGUCUGUCUCAUGCUGGAAACCGUCACUGUGAGCGGUUGCAGGCGGCUCACAGACCGAGGGCUUUACACCAUUGCUCAGUGCUGCCCGGAACUGCGGCGACUGGAAGUCUCAGGCUGUUACAACAUCUCCAACGAGGCGGUCUUUGACGUGGUAUCCCUCUGCCCCAACCUGGAGCACCUGGAUGUGUCAGGGUGCUCCAAAGUGACCUGCAUCAGCUUGACCCGGGAGGCCUCCAUUAAACUGUCCCCCUUGCAUGGCAAACAGAUUUCCAUCCGCUACCUGGACAUGACGGACUGCUUUGUGCUGGAGGACGAAGGCCUGCACACCAUCGCGGCGCACUGCACACAGCUAACCCACCUCUACCUGCGCCGCUGCGUCCGCCUCACCGACGAGGGCCUCCGCUACCUGGUGAUCUACUGCAGCUCCAUCAAGGAGCUGAGCGUCAGCGACUGUCGCUUCAUCAGCGACUUCGGCCUGCGGGAGAUCGCCAAGCUGGAGUCCCGCCUGCGGUACCUCAGCAUCGCGCACUGUGGCCGGGUCACCGACGUGGGCAUCCGCUACAUCGCCAAGUACUGCAGCAAGCUGCGCUACCUCAACGCGAGGGGCUGCGAGGGCAUCACGGACCACGGCGUGGAGUACCUUGCCAAGAACUGCACGAAACUCAAGUCUCUGGACAUCGGCAAAUGCCCUUUGGUAUCUGACACGGGCCUGGAGUGCCUGGCCCUGAACUGCUUCAACCUCAAGCGGCUCAGCCUCAAGUCCUGCGAGAGCAUCACUGGCCAGGGCUUGCAGAUCGUGGCUGCCAACUGCUUCGACCUCCAGAUGCUCAACGUCCAGGACUGCGAGGUGUCCGUGGAGGCCCUGCGUUUUGUGAAACGCCACUGCAAACGCUGCGUCAUCGAGCACACCAACCCUGCUUUCUUCUGAAGGGGCCGCUUUCCUCCCGCGUUGUUUUUCAGACACACGUGAACAAGACAACAUGUUUUCUAAAAGCAGCAUAUGUAUGCACGGACACCUACUCAUAACAGCUCUUUUUACAGGAAGGUUCUUAGGAUUCUGGUUUGUAUUUUCUUAAUUUCUCAUGGGCAACAGAGGUCAAAGGAAUGAAAGGGGAAGGAACAAAUUUCUGUCUGAGCAGUUUUUUAUUUAGUCAGGCAUUUUCUCUUUUCACAAUAGAUGCAUCUGAGCAGGCUGAUUGCAGUAUCUGUAGAAAAGUGAGGGGGAAAAGCCAUUUACUCUCCUCCUUCACCCCUGCUCUGGGACACAGGCCACACCCCCAAAGUUCUACCUGCCCAAUCCUCCCCCACUCCCAGAACAAAGCAUCAGAAUAGUAGUGCUUUCCAGAUCUCUUUAAACUGCUUGCCUGGCCUGACUCACACACUCCUCCAUCCCACACCAAGCAAAUUCUGGUUAAACUGAUUGUCAUAGCACUUUGCAUAUACAAAGCACUUUCCAAAUCUUUUUAAAAAAUUCUUUGUGGUAAACAGUAUGGUGGAAGAGAAGACCUGCCUUCUCCCAGCUCUGCCUUCUCCCAGCCACUAAGUAGCUGUGUGACCUUGGCUAAAGCAUUUCACUUCUCUGGGCUUCCGUUUCCAGCUCUGAAUCAGAAGGACGAACUUCAUACUCCUUUUAGAAUUGAUGGAACAAAGACACCAAUGAACAGGGCACCUUGGCACAGACACACAGUCUUCUACCUCUCCCAAGACAGUUGGUUUCGCAGACUGGCUGUGCUGUUGAGAGAUUCUGCAUUGCCAGUCAUUGCACAAAAGGGUCCUGUAGUCCUUUGGCUCCCGUGUACUUGUUUAGAUGGGAGCAUCUGUGGCAUUUCUGCCCUGCGGGCCACGAUGGUUUGGGGGCACAUGCACUGUCCUCAUUCCCCUCUUCCAAGCCACCUGAGCAAAGCACCAGAAUGCCUAAUCACAGCCAAGCCCAAAGCUCCCAGUUCUGACUUCACAGAGUGUUUUCCAAGAGGAGAAAAGACCCUCAUGAUUUUUAAUUAACAGAUGAGGCCCAAGGGAACCCAUGUCCUCAACAGUUUUUCUAAUCCCACUCAGAGUACAUGUGGCAUGCAUCAGGCACAUCUGUCCUGCAGCUGGCAGGGACAGAUGCCUGGUUCUUUGUCAUUCAAAUCACACUUUGACUUCUCUCAUGUAUUUAUUUCUUUAUGCAUUCAGACUUUAUCACACGAAGCCUGUGGGGUUCGCUUCAUAAGCAUUAACUGUGCACAUUGCCACCUUGCAUGCCUUCUUCCAUGGCUGUCUGCAGGAUUUCCAAAGAAUGCACAGCAUUCUUCCAGGUGUUUAAAUACUGUUCACUCAAAAUGCCAGACAGCUGAAAGAGGAAACACAUUGAUAAGACAUAGAUACUAGUCCACAAACCAGGCCCUUGGAAUAGAACUGUAACUCAUUACAAAAUAUUCUAAAUGGAUAGAAUAUUAAAUGGCCCUACUUGAAUAAAAAUCUGCUUGGUAGCCUCGUUUGUGUGAAAACAGGUAGCCAGAAUAAAUUACAUUGCUUGCUUUUUUUAUGGAAUUCAGAUUGUCUUUUUUAAUAAGUACAUGACUUUUCCCAAAUUAUUCUCUGGCCAGUCCCCUCUUUCAUCAUUGCAGACACAGCUCAUCCAUUUCUUUCUCAAAUGAUCCCACUAUCCAAGCCCAAAAUUGCUGCUUUUCCAAGCCACACAUGCUGACUUGGUUCCAGACCAAGCUUACACGCUGCUCGACAACUGCACUCCCACUGUAGGCUUCUGUGCAGACUGCUGUCUUAUGUUGGGAGGAGGGGUCAGUGUGCUGAGGUGGCACUGGCUCAGGAGGUUGUUUUCAUGCAUCACAUGAAACAUGGCCACUGUCCAGUCAGCAUCUUCAUCAACUUGAAUGUACAGUCAAGGUCAUGUGCCAUAGGGAAAUGAGUUGUUUGACUAGGGACAGUAUUUCCUCAUGGCUACAGAGUUCAGAACCAUAAGUAGUUGAAGGUAGCAUUUCCCCAACUCUAUGACUGACUUGUGCCCUCAUCUAGAGUUUCAGAAUCUGAGAAUCACAAGGGAUUUCCCUAACCCAUCCAAGUGAGCUGGCUGAAUACUCCCAAAAUAAGCAGGAAAGUCCAACAUGGCUCCCUGAACCAUGAGAAGUAUUCCUUUUCAUCACCAACUGACCAUGUCACCUAAUCUGUCUUCCAAACAUGAGACACAGCAGACUGUCCCCACUGCUUGCUCAGCACAUCCUGUCUCUCUGUUUCUUUCUUUGUCCCAGUCUCUUCCUCAUCCUUUUCUCUCUCCCUUGAGGGAUGUAUCUAUGAUGGAGGUUACUUGGGAAAAGCUCGGCAGAUUUUUACAGACCAAGCAAAAGGCCUCACUAAGAAAUUUAUCUGUUUUGAAACCUUGCUUCCUUCCUGCCUCUGCUAAAUCGAAUGCUCAUUGUUUUGUUUUGUUUUGUUUUGUUUUUAAUUCUAAUGUUCAAAUCACUGCGUGCUGUAUGACUCUAGAAAGCCUUAAUUUACUACCACCAAGAAAUAAAGCAAUAUGUUGGUAAUCUGGCUCAGCUUUUUUUUAAUACCCUUUUCAGAAGACAGUGG